AUAACUGCACCAUUACUUCAUUGUUUGAGCACGGGCGGGCUUGUUUGCAGUUCUAUCGAUGGGUGAAACGGGACCCGGCUGGGAAUUUCGUGUAAGGUUCUCUCACUAAACCCUCCAGGGGGCAAGUAAGGUGUGUUUUUGACAGAAUUCAUCCAAGUGUGGCCUUGAAGAGGAAGAGGAAGAGGAACAAGGUUCAAGACAAAACUGUCGUCUGCAAAGAGAAACCCGUCACCGACCGACCGACCAGUGCCCACAACUCAAGGUGUGAGGGGUUCGAUUCUCAGCGAACCGUCGGAAACUGAAUUGCUUUUGAGUCACUAAUUAGAGUUGGCGAAGCCACUCCUGGAUUUGGAGAGUGCUCUGAGAGAACAGGAGACCUGGAAAACGUUGAGUAGGAGCCAAAAAUACAGAGCUGAAAAACGAGGGGAGCAUAUAACGGUGCACCGUCAUACCAACACCCCGGGGCGCUGUCUCCCUGUCCCGCACACCGCUGUAGGUACAGAUCGCUAGCAAACACACAGCACCAUGUUGUGGAGACAAGCAGUUGUGCUGGGCAUGGUCUGCAUUAUUCUUAGAACAGGUGCACAGGCCAACCAGCCCCCAAUCUUCACACAAGGCAUGGACUAUCAGCAGAUUCCUGAAGACACAGCAGUUGGAUCUACCGUGUACACCUUGAGUGCGACAGACGCAGAUGGUGAUACUCUGACGUAUGGAGUCUCAGGACAAGUCUCCAAUAACCUGUUUAUAGUUGAUCCAAGUUCUGGGGUCGUUACUUUGAAAACACCAUUGGACAGAGAGCUCACUGAUGAAUACCAGAUCACUGUAACAGUUUCAGAUGGGACAAAUCCACAGGUCGUACAAACCCCAACCAUCUUCAUAACUGAUGCCAAUGACAACAGCCCAGUGUUCCAGGGUAUUCCCUAUGAAGUGUCUGUCAAUGAGAGUGACGUUUCACAAACCAGCAUAUUCAGGGUGACGGCAACUGAUGCAGACCAAGGGAUUGGUGGAACUGUGUCAUACUUUCUAGAGGCUGGAGAUGAAUCAAAGUUUGAGGUUGACAGACCGACUGGAGUUGUGAACUUAAAGGAGGAGCUGGACUAUGAAGAAUCAUCUGUUUAUCAACUUCGAAUCAGAGCUCAGGACGGAGGAGGCAGCUACCAGGGAACCCAGGUUUUCCAGAGCAGCACCACUGUACUGAUAGUGAAUGUUGUUGAUCAAGAUGAUCAGCCUCCUCUGUUUCUCGGGCAGCCCUUCUCAACACAAGUGAACGAAGACACUCCACUGGGUACAUCCAUUAUAACCAUCAAUGCUCGAGAUGGGGACUACGGCAUCGAUAAUCCAAUCGUUUAUUCCACAGAAGGGGAUGAUGGCACCUUCUCCAUUGACUCCAUCACUGGAGUGAUCAGUCUUGCUAGGACCCUGGACAGGGAAAGCAAGACAGAUGAAGGAGGGGUCUAUAGCUUUGAUGUGCAGGCCAGAGAAAACAGCAUUGAAGCCCGGACAACAAACACGAGUGUGCGCAUCACCGUAGUAGAUGUGAACGACCAGAUCCCAACGUUCUACAACGGCACCGGAAACUCUCCCCAGAACUACUUCACUGCCACCAUUCCCGAGGGCACGUCUGCAGGAAUUCCCCUGGGGGGUCUGGACAUGAGGGUGGAGGAUAACGAUGAGGGUGACAAUGGCCGGUUUACCCUGACACUUGACGAAGAAGGCAGCAGGUAUUUUGAGGUGGUGCCGAGCACAGUUUAUGGGCAGGCAGCAGUGAACAUCCGGGUCAAGAACUCCAGACUUUUGGACUAUGAGACACUGCAAUCUGUGCAGUUCAAAGUGAUUGCUAGGGAAGACCUAGCAGCUGAGCAUUACAACAGCACUGCCACAGUUCUGGUGACAUUGGAGGACACCAACGACAACUCUCCUGUGUUUAACCAGUCUAAGUACGACCUGUCUGUAGCUGAGAACUCUCCAGACGGGACUGUUGUGGGAACAAUCACGGCAACUGAUCUGGACUCUGGAGAAUUUGCAGAAAUUGCAUACAGUCUGCAAGGCAGUGGAAGUGAAAAGUUUGCUGUCAACAAUCUAACAGGAGUGAUAACAGUUGCCAAGGGCGAUGAGUUGGACAGAGAGACCAUCCCAUUCUACUUCCUCACCUUGCUAGCAGAGGACGGAGGGGGCCGUGCCUCCAACGUGCAACUUCAAAUCACCCUAUUGGAUGUCAAUGAUGAAGCACCUACUUUCCAGCGGUCGUCCAACAAAGUCUAUAUCCAGGAGGAUGCUGCCGCAUUUGACGAGCCCUUGCAAGUUCUGGCUGUUGACAGGGACGAGGGCACAAACAAAGUCAUCAAGUACUCCAUUAUUUCUGGAAAUGACCACGACAACUUCACCAUCGAUGAAGACAGUGGUGUUAUUGACCUGACACAGCCACUGGACUAUGAGGCACUCGGUGGUGGGGAUGAGUUCCACCUGGUAGUACAGGCUAAAGAUGAGGGACAGCCACCCUUAAACUCUACAACAACUGUCAUUGUUGUUGUUGAGGACAUAAACGACAACGACCCCUUCUUCCUGGAGGAUAUGGUGAAUACCACUGUGUCAGAGGCUGCUGCAGCUGACACGUUGGUGGUAAAGUUGAAUGCAACAGACGAGGACAGCGGUUUCAAUGGGAGGAUAGACUACCGCAUCGCUUCAGGGUCCAAGGACAAGUUCUACAUCACCAACGAUGGGGAAAUCAAGGUGUCACCAGGGGGCAGGGUUCCCUUGGAUAGGGAUCUAUACGGGGACGGUUACACGCUCAUUGUCACCGCUACCGACCGCGGAAAUCCCGAUCAGAAAACAGGCACCGCGACCGUCUUCAUCACCAUCGAAGACAUCAACAACAAGGAUCCGGUUUUUGUUUCUUCGGAGAAGACCGACACCCUGCCCGAGUACCCUAACACCACGUACCCAUCCAAACUGGCCGACAUGCCCGCAGUGGACUCUGACAUAGACAGCAGUCUGGAAUACACGAUAACGUCCAUCAUGGCACAAGAUGAGAACGGACAAGUUGUGACCGUUGGCUCCAACUUGUUCAACAUCACCAGCAAGGGAGAGGUGUGGGUGAAUGGGGAACUGGACAGGGAGUUUGCAGAAGACUAUGUUCUAAGGCUGGAGGUUAACGACACUGCAGCACCGUGGCCAGGGGAGCAAACUGCAACAGCGACCUUGACGAUCAUCCUCCAGGAUGUGAAUGACAACGCUCCGAAGUUCAGCAGCGACGAGAUCGAACAGAACAUCCAGGAACAGCUGCCCAUUGGUCAGCUUUUGGCCACCAUCACCGCCAAUGAUCCCGACAAAGGUCCCAACGGUGAAGUGAUGUUCAGCUUGACUGGCACCAACCUUCUGGCCAUAGACUCUUCAACAGGACAAAUCAAGGUGAACAGCACCAUUGACAGGGAAUACGGUCAGUGGCUCAACUUCACCGUGACAGCAAAAGAUGGUGGCAACCCACCCAAGUCAACAGACAAGUCUUACAACUGGAGGGUUUCUGACACCAACGACAAUGAUCCAAAGUUUGAGCAACCAUCAUACAGUGGGGAAGUGUCCGAAAAUGCAACAGUGGGAACAUCUGUGUUGACCGUGACAGCAACCGACGCAGAUUUUGGACAAUUUGGAGCUGUACGAUACUCUCUUGUUCCAGUGGAUAGCAACUUUACUAUCCAUCCAGACAGAGGGGAAAUUUCAGUGGACGGCAAGCUGGAUCGUGAAAUGGAGGAACAGGUUACCCUGACAGUCACAGCAACUGACAAUCCUGGAGGGAGUGAAAACAACCAGCGGGAAAAAUCUGUGGAGGUGACUAUAAAAUUGCUGGAUGUAAAUGAUGAAGCUCCGACCUUCUCCCAGAACAUUUACACUGAGUAUAUCCAGGAGGAUGAGGUUGCAGGAACUUCCAUCAUCACUCUCCAGGCAGUGGACAGAGACUCAGCUGGCCCCAACAGUCAGAUAGAGUACACCAUUUUGGCUGGGAAUGAAGCUGGAGUGUUCACAGUAGGUCGUGAUUCAGGGAUCAUGACAACAUUAAAACCACCAGGACUGGCUCCUGGACAAGAUAUUAAUGUGACAGUACUGGCUUCCGACAAGGGCAGUCCUAUUAGGUCCAGUACCACCAUUGUUAGGGUCAAGAUCCUCGACACCAACGACAAUGCACCAAUCUUUGUCUACCCUGCAGCCAAUGCCUCAACAACUGUCCUCGAGAACGAGCCAGUUGGUACCUUUGUGGUGAGAGUGCUUGCCACAGACGAGGAUGAGGCACAGAACGGGAACGUGACGUACUAUUUUGACCCCAGCGAUGAAUACAACGGAGACAGGGCUAACUUUACCCUGGAUCCCAUCAGUGGUAACCUCACAACAAAAGUUGUCCUGGACCGAGAGGAAAAGGCACAAUAUGUGCUGUACAUUCAAGCUAGGGAUGCAGGCUUCCCCCCUCUGACAGGGGCAACUGUGAUAAGAGUACAUGUGGGGGAUGUGCCCGACACUGAUCCUGUUUUCAAACCUCAACUGGAUCCUGUGACAGGUGAAGUUGUCCCCCAGACGUUGACUGUUGGUGAGAACCUCGUCCCCGGAACUGUUGUUGGCUUUGUGCUGAACGCUUUCGAUGCUGAUGAGGGAGCUACAAUAUUCUACUACAUUGUUGGAGGGGAUCCCAACGGAUACUUUGACCUAAACAAAAACACAGGAGAAAUUAAAACAACAAGAACAUUUGACAGAGAAGCAGAGGCAAGCUACACCCUGGUUGUAAAGGCCAGUAAUAAUGCGAGUUACAGCGUUCCAGGUGGCAGCAGGAGACGGAAACGGGACAUUGCAUACGACCCAGCAGAUCCGACGUUACAAGAGGUUAUCAUUGAAAUUGGAGACCAGAAUGACGAACCUCCAAGGUUUACCAAGAAAGAGUAUACAGCAGGUAUCACAACAGAGUUCAAGUUUGGAGAUGCUGUAACUGUGGUGACGGCCAUUGACCCCGAUGCUGGCAACAACAGUGUGGUGACCUACACCAUCACCCGCCAACUCUACUUUGACAGAGACAGUGAGGGAAACCUCAUGUCCACACCAAAAGAUGCAACGGGAACCUUCAACAUUGAGUCAGACACAGGCCAAAUUGUGACGGGAAAGGUGUUCAGCAGUGAUGAGAAGGGGUACUACACCUUGAACGUCUCUGCAAGGGACAUUGGUGGCCAGAGUGACAAUGCCUCAGUUGAAAUCUACCUUCUGCGUGAGGACCAAAGGGUGAAGAUUGUGUUCCAGAGGACUCCUGAUGAAGUUAGAGCAUUCAAGGAUGAAUUUGCUGCGCUUCUGUCCAACAUCACUGGGGCCAUCAUCAAUGUAGAUGACAUCCAGUUCCACACAACUGACGACCAACAAACAGAUGAGUUGAGGACAGACAUGUUCAUCCAUGGAGUUGAUAGAACAACUGGCCUCAUCAUGGACAAGGAAAGACUCAUCGAGCUAAUCGACGCAAACUAUGAGUUCUUGGUGCGUCUUCUACGGGACUACAACGUGGUUGAGUACCAGGUAGCCGUGCCACAAGUGCAGGACGUGACCUACGAUAACCUGAUCAUCGCGAUUGCUGCGAUGGCCGGCAUCCUGGUCAUCAGCAUCGCUCUCAUCGCAACGGUCUGCGUCUGCUGGACAAGCAGGCUGAAGCGUGAGUUGCGUGCGUCUCAGGCCAUGCUGUACAGUACCAAGGACGUCAUCCCAGACCUGAGUGAGAAGGACGCUCUGCAGGUGCCAGGCACCAACCAGUUUGCCAUUGAUGGAUCCAACCCUAUGUGGGGGAAGGAGGUCUAUGUUAACGAGAUAGCUGAAGAGUCAGACAGCGAUGAUUCCCUAGAUGACAAUGAGGUUGAUGUGAAAAGUCCACAGGCCCCGAGCGCUCCUCCCCGAGAUGACUAUGCUGAUGAGGAAAUCACGGUUAACCUAUACAAUGACGAGUAUGACAACUACACCAAGUUCCCGCCCGGAUACGCCAACGGAAAUUUUAUCCUAGACGCGGCCCUGAAAGAGCACGAGGACGCCAAGAGAAACGGUCCCCACAGGAACUUCAGUUUGGAAACUACAGAAAUAUAGCCCAGCAAGUAGAAAGUCCCAAGUAACGCUAGUUCACCUUUAUCCGUAGGGUAACCUUUAUCCGUUCUUUUCAAGGACAGUGUAUUAAGGAAUAUCAAGUCGACAUAUGGUGGUUUCAAACUGCAAUAUUUUGAAAAUAGUUCAAUUUGUAACUACUGUCUAUCGACUUGAUAUCCCUGGAUACCCUGUUUAGCAAUACAAUGGAUAUAGGUUACCCUGAACUAACGUUACAUGUAUUGCUAAUUAGCGUAACUUAAUCUCCAGGCAGAUUUACCAGUGGCAUAAGAUAGUAUCAAAGCCGGCCAAGGAGAAUGUAGCCGGCCAAAGGGAGUCAAACGGGCACCGGGGUAGCCAUACACACUCCUAGGCCAGCUUCUCUCCACUGGCAGUUUUUUAUACAGUCUAUCUUAUGCUACCAUAGGAUCUUCUUGGAGAUUAGUGUGCCUAGUAAGACCCCCCCUCCCUCCCAAACUGCCAAAGAUGGGACUGUGUUAGUCAUUAUAUAGUUCAAAACAGCACUUCAUUAAUGACAUUAAUGACUGUCACCUUGAGACUGAUCUAAAAGAGAUAGCUGUGUUGACUAGCUGCAUACCACAUGCAGGCCUUUGAUAUUAGGACCCGUUCACACUUGUGCGAAUAUAUGAGUUCUAUAUUGACAUUUUUGGGCUUAGACUGAAGAAGUAGUUUUAUUUUGUUCAAUUACCAGGCUACACAAUGAAGGAUGAAGAAACAAAUUCUUCACAGAAACUUUUCUUAAACCAGAAGAUAUUGAUAAUUAUGCAACUCAUAGGCACUUGAAUAUAUGCACGAGUGUGAACAGACCCUUAGGAAAUAUAACACAUGUACAACUUUCAUUUGAUUAUGAGGCUAUCAUACCCGUAAAAAAUGUAAAUAACUUAUAAUUACCUCUUUCACCACCUUAUUAUGUCACAGUCACUAUCCUAAAUUUUUGUCUUCCUGCAUGGGGUACACAUUGCACUCAUACAGUUUGCCAUGUAAUCUACAUACAGUUUUCAAAAUUACAUUCUCGCCAAGAUUCCAAAGAUAUUUACAAAUGAAGGUGACUGUGAUUUUCUACGGUAAGAAUUAUCAACAAUAACUUGUUAGCUGAUACAGGUGCCUUUGUGAAAGAACAUUAUGUAUCGUGAUAAUUUUCUGUUCUUUCUAGUGGAUACUUCUCAGGAGUUACACUUGAACCCCAUUUUAUCGUCAUGUAAGAUAUUAUAACAUGUGUUAUGAUUAGUGACUAUGAUGUAUUGAAGAAGGGUAGGACUAUGCUUUCUGGACAAUCUUUUAGAAUCAUAAGAUUGCUCAAACAAUCAGGCCUCUGCAUAGUGGUUUUAAUGUCGUAAAAUUCUUGCAAACCUGACAAUCAAGAUGUCAGUAUUAAGGAAUCAUGUUAACAGUGUGCCUUUGCCUUUAUCCAUCCUGAACAGACAGAGAUGUUACAAUGAUUCACUGAAAAUUUUAUAGAAAUGUUUAUUUUAAAUUACUGCAGUAUAUAUAUAUCAAGUGUAACUUGUUUUAAGCAUUCUGUAAGAUGUUUUAUACAAAAUCAAAACCAAACUCUAGAUAAAUGACAAGAAUUGUAUAAACAAGUUAUCAAGUUAUACAUGUUUUUAAGUUGUUUGAUCAGGUUGCAAAUAUUGUAUAUAGCAGAUUGUCGACUUGAGUCAUCUGAAUCACGUAGUGCCUUUAUUACUCACUCAGCUGUCUUCCUAUAAGUGUCUUACAAAGUUUUGCUCUGCUGCAAUUUAAAUUGCACAACUGAUAGAAAAGUUCAGAGAAUUUUGAGAAUUCUAAUGGCAAGCUAUCGUACUUUCAGGAUUGGAAAGUUAUGCAAAAGUCUAUCCAAAGAAAGUGAAGCAACUGGGACUGGUUCCCAGUGAUGCUUAUUGAAGUUUUAUGCCCCUUUAUUGUUUUAAAAUGUAAUAUGUUUUAUUUGAAUGUAUAUAAUGUAGUUUUACUUUUUGAUUGUGUCCAUGAGCUUGUAUGAAUUAGUUCUUCCAAAAAUCAAUAAAACAAGUUUUAUCCUUU